AGUUCGCCUCGAACUCCAAACCAACAGACCGAGCCUUCAAAGCUGAAUCCCACCCAACUCAGCCCAACCAAGCCCAAGACCAAACCCUCGCAGCCUCCCAGUCCCAGCCACACAACCGAGAGAGAUGAGCACCGGCGGCGCGGACAAGUCCGGCAGCGGCGGCGGAGGAGCUGGUGGGCCGGUGAAGACGCCGUCAGACUUCCUCAAGUCGAUCAGGGGCCGACCCGUCGUCGUUAAACUCAACUCAGGCGUCGACUACCGAGGCGAGGUGGGAGUAACGAUCAACCAGGAGCACCGGCCAUCAAGGAGCAGCCUGGACAUCAUUGGGAGUAGAUGGGAGGGAGCUGCAGCCAGCGCGGAGCAACAAGGACACGUCGCUGGGAAGACAUGGGAGCAGGCUGCAGCGGUUGGGUAGAAGGAGCAGCAGUUUGUGGGGCUGGGACUGGAGGAAGGAAGUGAGGACGUGUGGCUGGUGGUUUUGACCUUAGUUUGUCAGGGAGUUAGGGCAGAAAUGAGGAGGGUAUUGACUUGGACAGUGCAGAUCACUAUUUGAGCAUCCAAUGGUUCUUGGUUAUGAGAGAGGAAGUGGCACUUGCUGGGCUGGUCCAACUGCCUGAUGGGUCGUCUUCUCUCGUCUUUUAGUUCUUCAAAAUAUAUUUCAUCUUUGAUUGUCAAAUUGAACCGAAACGCAAAUCCCAUCAAGCCGAUUCGCAAAUCGUAGAUGUAUAUCCCCUAUCGAAUUCAAUUCAUGGAAAAUGGCGAAUCGCGAGUCUAAUAACUACUCCCUCCGUUCCGAAUUAUAAGAUGUUCUAGUUUUUUUAUGAAUCACAUGUAUCUAGACGCCUUUCAUUGUGCCUGAUCACUCGUUUCAGUCUGUAUGUAGUCCAUAUUGAAGUAUCCAAAAUAUCUUAUAAUUCAGAAUGGAGUGAUAUGUUCUA